CUUCGUGUUUUUAAGAUUUUACUCUUGCUUCUUGAUUGCUGCGCCGGGCAGAUUCGGUAAAAAUUCGUGCCGAUUUCGGGCAAAAAUGGGAGUUUAUUGGUCCUCGUAUAGGGAGCCUGAAAGGUUCCCUGAUAUUACCAAACCACCGACCUUCGACCCCAUGUUUGGUUUUCCGAAUGGCCGAAAACCAAGAGAAAUGAUCGCCUCACAAGAAGAAAUGGUAGCAGCAAAGUUGGAGCUUGAUGAGCGAGACUACUGUGCACACAAAUUGAUAGACUUCCGCAAAUGCAGAUCAGAAAACUGGCCCUGGGUUGCAAACUGCAAACAUGAGAAGCAUGAAUACUUGACAUGUCAAUUUGACGACUAUGUGCUCAGAAUGAAGGAGUACGAAAGGGAAAAGAGAUUGAAGGCGCGCCAGCACAGAAUCGAAGCAAAAACGAAGUCCAUCGAACUGGCCGAAUAAACUGUAAAUUAGUGGAUCACUUGGCUGGGCAACCAACUUCUUGACCUGCCGUAAUGCUGUUUUGAGUAGAUGCUGUCACUGUAAAUUAAUAAAUCCAAAAUGUCAAAAUGUUAGUUACAAUUUUGUAAAUGUUCUUUCCAUUGAAAGCCAAGUUCAAGA